AUGUCCACUGAAACCUGCCACCUCGCAUUCACGAUUCCCCCGGGGUCUGUCCUGGCCGGUGUGCCUGUAGGGGAUAUCAAGUUGCCUACCCCCUAUGUAUCAUAUGGUCUACCAUUCACGGAGUCGUGUGCUCACCAUAUCAAGCACACAUUCGACUGCAAAAGAGUCUUUAUCAUUGCUUCUAGGACUCUCUCACGGGAGACAGAUGAGCUCGAAAAGCUCAUUGAGAAGAUAGGGUCUGAUCAUGUUGCGCAUGUUCACAAAGGAAUCACGCCUCAUACACCAUGGUCGGAAGUCUUAGAAAUAGCCGCGGAAGCCCGGAAUGUAAAGGCGGAUUGCGUGGUUACCCUGGGGGCGGGAAGCAUCUCAGACGGUGCGAAGCUGGUUGUCCUGGCACUUGCCAAUGGAAUCGAAACACUCGAAGAGUUUGCGAAGUACUCCCUUGGCAGUAAAGAGGCUCCAAGUUCUGUGAAAGAGCCAACAACGCCUCUUAUCAUGAUCCCUACAACGUUAUCUGGGGGCGAGUAUUCCAAUUUCGCUGGAGGCACCAAUGAUCAAACGAACCAUAAACAAGGUUUCUUGCACUCGGGGAUGGGCUCCAAUCUGGUCAUCCUUGAUCCAACUCUUUCCAAGACUACCCCUCAGUACCACUGGCUGAGCACCGGUUUUCGCAGCGUUGACCACUGCGUGGAAGCAUUUUGCGCCGUCGAGAGCACCCCCGAAUCAGAUGAACACGCUGAAUCCGGGCUGCGCAAGCUCAUCCCGAACCUGCUUAGAACCAAGCAGGAUCCCGACGACCUGGAAGCGAGACUCCAGUGCCAACUUGGAGUGAUCGACGCCAUGAAUAAUGUUCGUGCUGGCAUCCCAAUGGGUGGGAGCCACGCGAUCGGCCAUCAGCUAGGUCCUCUGGGCGUGCCGCACGGUGUGACGAGCUGCAUCAUGUGUCCAGAAGUGAUGAAAUUUAACUGGAAGCAUGGUCAAUCGAAUGAAAAAAUUCGGCAAAAGCAAAACAAGCUGAAAGAGAUAUUGUGGUCAGAUGGCUAUGUCGACAAGGUUCUCCAGGGAGCUGGGAAAGACAAAGCUACUUCGGACCUCGGUGACCUCUUGGAUGCUAUUGUAAGAGAGCUUGGUCUACCAAGGAAACUUACGGAGAUGAAGAUCAGUCGUGAGGUGUUGCCGACCCUGGCUGAACGCGCAUUGAGCGAUUUUUGGGCCGCGACAAACCCAGUGCCGCUGGCCAAGUCGGAGCAAAUAUUGGAAAUAUUGCAGAGCGCAUACUGA